GUAAUUUUGGAUUAUUUGAGUCGAUGAAAAUCUUUACUCACUGCCACAGCUGGUAGCUGUUUUCUCAUCACUCAGGAAGCAAUGUCGCACCAGGAAGUUUCCACCAAAGCUGCAUUCAUUGGGAAACUUUGUCUCUCCUCUCCCGUGCAGAUGGGAAGCUGCGAGGGCAUGUCCUCGUCCCUCCACAGAUCCAGAUAUAUCAGCUGGUGUGUGAACUCCGCAACGUCACCAACACCUGCAACUACAACAGUCGCUCAGAAAGGAUCUUUACACCAAAACCAUCAGCCGGCUGGUUCAGAAUCAGUCCCACUUCUCCUCCUGUCACCACCAGAGACCAGUGGAGGAGAAACAAACGCAACAUUUUCCCAUCAACGCCCAGAGGCAACGUUCACAAAGGGGACACGUCUCAAGGCCUUCACACGUUCCCACCCAUCCCAGUCGAACCCACACUCUGGCGAGGAUGAUGAUGGUGAGGAAGGACGAAAGGGGAACAAAGAGGAGCUGGAGAACACAACAUUCUUCCUUCCCAGGAGCAGUCCGGUCAUCUCCAGACGCCACAGGAACUUCUCCUGGCAUGGAGAGGACACCGGCAUGUCUGACCCAUCAAGAAACAUGACUUCUUCUAGCUUGGACUCCCGGUCUCCCGCUUCUGGUUCGUUGUCUCUGGAUCAGAGUGGGUGCCCAACUGUCACCAGCAUUGUGGAUCUAGGAUUCAAACCGAGCUCCUGUCCCCACCCGUCACCUCUUCAGAAGGACAAGAAGCCGCUCUCCGUCUCUGCCUCAUCGCAUCUGAACCGACUCCUCGGCCCUUGGGUGCACCGUCCUUUCAGAGGACAGCAGGGAUCGGCUGAGGAGGACAGGGGGCGGUGGCUAACCAGCUGUGACGCCUCUCACUCGUCAGGCCUCUCUACCUCAACACAGCACAGCAAAGAGAGAAGACGCAGUGGUAUCCCAGAAUUCUCUGCAGACAUCUUUAAGACCAGAUGUGAUCUGGAAAAGGAGAAUGCUCAUUUCAUUGUGGUGGACAUGAUACUGGAGGUGCUGGAGGGUGUCAAAUGGACCCUGAGCUCCGAUCGAUGGACUUCCACGAUGGACACACACCAACACUCGCACUGCAACACGUGCACACAGAGACACACGAGCCCGGCGGAGGACAUACCGCCACAUGGACACAAACAGAGAUGUAAAGCAAGCAGACACACACAUACCGGUGAUCCUCAACCGCACACUGACAAGACAUCACAUAGAAACACACACCCCUCUUAUGUACACACACACCAACACACACGGGAUGAAGAAGAGGAGGAAGCAGCGAAUCACGAGGCUGAACAUUCACCAAAGUCUUUCUCCAUCCUCUCCUCUGACAGUGGCUUUGAAGACUGUGGAGUUGACACUACGCUGACAUCGAGAGAGUCUCUCAGAAAUGCAGAGUGGCUGGCCCAGCAGUUGGUGCUGGAGUUCAGGAGGAGCUGGCUUCCUUCCCAUGAGCAUCGACGUGGACGGCUAAGCCUCAAUAGCUCGCUACAGGAAUUGCCAGGUACUGGAGGUGUGGCGGUGAGCAGCGGCAGCCUGGCAGAGGAGAUCAAACUGAGGACCAGGAUGAGAGGAUGCCUGAGCUGGGCCCCACCGCGCUUCCAGAUCAUCUUCACUGUUCAGCCGACCAACAGACGCAGUGACGUUUUGGCUCUGCAGCACUUCCUGUGUGCAGGCUGUGGGACAGAGGUGGAGCCUAGGUACAUCAAGAAACUGCGGUAUUGUGAAUAUCUUGGCAGGUAUUUCUGUGACUGCUGCCACGGCGGCUCUGAAGCUGUGAUUCCUGGUCGACUUCUGUCCUGCUGGGACUUUAGCAGAUACCCUGUGAGUGAUUUCUCCAAACAGCUGCUGAAUUCAGUUUGGCAUCAGCCUCUGUUUGACCUGAGCUGCGUCGGUAAGACACUCUACAGCAGAGCGAAAGAGCUGGACAAGUUCAGGGAGCUCCAGGAACAGCUGAUGUGCAUCAAGAAGCUGCUGUCAGCCUGCAGACUAUCUGGAAGAGUGAUGGCUGAGUUUGAACAGCUUCCUGCUCACCUGAUGGAGCAGCCGCACCUCUUCUCCAUGGAUGACCUCUUGAGGGUGAAGAAGGGUCAGCUUGUGGCGCAGGCCAGAGCGGUGCUGCACUCUGCCAUCGAUCACGUUGAAAACUGUGAGUUGUGUCUGGCCCGAGGUUUUAUCUGUGAGUUCUGCAGAGAAAGAGACAUCAUCUUUCCUUUUCAGGCCGACAUAUGCAGGCGAUGUCCAGUGUGCAGGGCGUGCUUUCACAAACACUGUUUUGUGGAAAAGAAGUGUCCAAAAUGUGCACGGAUCCAAUCACGGAAAAAGAACGUCCAGACGCAUCCAUGAAGCGACAACAUCAGCACCAACCUUUAUGAUUCAGCUGCAUUACGUCUGCCACAGUUUCACAUUAAAUACCUGAAGCAUUUCUUUACUCAUCCCCUCUAAGUGCAUAACGAUAUCUUCAUUUCUAUGAUCAGGGAAUACAAACUCACAAUGUCUGAAUCAAUCUUAAAUAUUUCAUGUUUCCUGUGGAAAUUAAAUUGUCAUGAGAGUGAUUCUUUACCUCAAGCCACAAAACACUUCUGUGCAAAACCAUUUUAAAAUGUCUGCUGGUGUUUGUGUGUGGGCUGUCUAAAUGGCGUUUCUCAGAGUAACACUGAUGAACUGUAGUGGCAGAAGACGUAUACAACCUCUGGACAUUUUAAUUUAUCAGACUUUUAUUAAAUCCUAUGUUUAUUUACUGC